CCGGGGACUAAGCCUAUAAAAGGUCUGUUUAUAACUAGAUAAGCACUGAAGUCACAAUUCGAAGCAAGUAUUAACCAAUUUUCACUUUUUAAGUUUUAUGAAUGAAAAUGAUGAAGCAUGUGUUAACGGUUACUGCAUUAACCAUGGUGGUAGGAAUAGUUGCACUCGCAGCUGAUUCAGAACCAAAAACCUGCAACGAGAUUCGCACUUGUGGAGAUGCAGAUAUUCCAUACCCUUUUGGCAUAUACAACAACAACCCGGACUGUUUCUCGGGUAGAAGAUUAAUUAAGCUCAACUGCACUGAUAAAUUCAAAAUUCUUGCGGGUAACAUACCGGUAUUAAACAUAAACCCCUCCGCAUCUCAAAUUGAAGUGUUGUUAACUGUCUCCAGGUAUUGUGGCAAGGAUGAUAAUAAUAUACCCAAACUUACCAUAAGUUCUUAUACCAUUUCAAGCAAAGAUAACAAGUUCCUAACCGUUGGUAAUAACAGUUUCGGUUAUCUUAACACUUACAGAGAUGGAAACCAUAACUACUCAACAGGGUGUUUAACAAGAUCUUUCGGUGAUCCAAGAUCGAUUGAUAAUGGAACAUGUUCGGGUAUAGGGUGUUGCCAAGUUGAUAUUCCUCCUCAAAUGAGGCAUAUAAGUAUAGAAGCUGAAAAUUUUAAUCGAUCUUCGAAAUCUUGUAGCUAUUCAUUUGUUGUCAAGAAUGGUAACUAUACUUUUUCUUCCACUCAUUUAUCACAAGGUUUCCCUAAGAAACUACCUGUCAUUUUUGACUGGACCAUUGGUAAGGAAAACUGCACUUCUGCCAAGAAUAAUGGAGCCAAUUAUGGGUGCAAGAACAAUAGCAAAUGUGAUGACAAGGACACAGAUUAUGGUUAUCGAUGCAAAUGCAAUCCAGGCUAUAAAGGAAAUCCUUAUCAUCCCAUUGGCUGCACAGACAUCAACGAAUGUGAUAACCACACACAUAAAUGCCACACUAAAGCAAAAUGUACAAACACUGAUGGGAAUUACACAUGUUCCUGUCCAAAGGGGUCUUCUGGAGAUGGAACAUUGAAUGGAGGGUGUCAACGAAAUGCAAAUAGAAUAGUACUACCUACUGUCCUUGGUGAGCAACAAAACACAUCUAAUUUUAUUUUAUCUUCAUCUUUUUUCCAAAUCUUAUGUGUGUUCAUUAAUUAUAUAUAUGUAAUAUUAGUUUUGGUUCAAUAUAUUUUGGAUGCAGGAGCAGGAGCAGUAUUUAUUGUUCUGUUUGUGAUGAUAAUUUUCUAUUUAAUAAACCAAAAAAGGAAACUUACCAAAUUGAAAGAGAAAUUCUAUAAGCAGAAUGGAGGUUCUAUUUUGGAACAGAAACUUAGUCAAAGACAAGACUCAUCAUCAUCUCAAAUAGCUCAUAUUUUCAAAGAAAAUGAAUUAAGGAAAGCCACAAACAACUUUGAUGAGAGCUUAAUCAUAGGUAGAGGAGGUUUUGGUACAGUUUUCAAAGGGGAACUAAAAGAUAAUAGAAUUGUUGCUAUCAAAAAGUCCAAAUCAAUAGACGAAAACCAAAUUGAGCAAUUCAUUAAUGAGGUGGAUGUUGUCUCCCGAAUAAAUCACAGGAAUGUGGUUAAACUCUUGGGAUGUUGUCUAGAAACAGAAGUUCCUUUGUUGGUUUACGAAUUUGUUAGCAAUGGUACCCUUUCUGAUUUUAUACGCACAGAAAUAGGUAAGGUGAAUAAUGUAUCUUGGAAAACCCGUCUUAAGAUCGCAGCAGAGGUAGCUGGAGCUUUGUCAUAUCUACAUUCAGCUGCCUCAAUACCUAUUAUCCACAGAGAUGUCAAGAGUGAUAACAUUCUUUUAGAUGAAACCAACACUGCCAAAGUAUCUGAUUUUGGAGCUUCAAGAUUGGUUCCACUUGAUCAAAUAGAGAUAGCCACGAUGGUGCAAGGAACUUUUGGCUACUUAGACCCAGAGUAUAUGCAAACAAGCCAAUUGACCCAGAAAAGUGAUGUCUAUAGUUUUGGAGUAGUUCUCGUGGAGCUGCUUACGGGGGAGAAGCCUUUUAGUUUUGGUAGGGCGGAAGACAGAAGAAGUCUUGCUAUGCACUUUCUGUCUUGCUUGAAAAAUGACAGUGUGCAUGAAGUUAUUCAUGAUGGUAUGUGGAAUGAAGAAAACAAACAAGAGAUCAAGGAGGUUGCUGUUCUUGCGGCAAAGUGUUUGAGACUAAGAGGGGAGGAAAGACCAAGCAUGAAGAAAGUAGCUACGGAAUUGGAGAGAAUAAUGGACAAGCACUCUUGUAUCAACGAAGACAUAAACGACGAGGAGAGUCGCUACUUGCUUCAUGAAUCAUCUUCUAGCAGUUAUGAACUUGGUGAUAGCAGCAAACAAGGAGAUUGUGGGUAUGACAGCUUGAAAAAUCUUGUAUUGAUUAAGUUGGAUGAUGGAAGAUGAUUGUGAGAUGACAAAAUGCAGUUCCCUUUCGUUGUUUUAGAUUUCUUUUCUUGCAUAUUCCAUUUUAUAAUUCUGUUGUAAUCUGUUUUAUAUAAUGUGUUGUGUUUAUGUGCAUGUAAUUCAGAUUGUAAUGAUUUUGAUAAAGUAGAGACAGAGAUUGAAGUAUUGUAUAAUAAAAUUGUCAAAAUUAUGGAAUAGUCAUAAAAAUCCAAGUAUUGGUAUUGUUGUA